ACAGCUCAACCUUUGGAAUUGGAUGCUCUUUCUCUUUCUUUCCUUCUCUCUCCCGGAACCUUCCACAAGCCUCCAUAAUUAAGUAGCAUUGCAUUGCAUUGCAAUGCAUAGUGGCAUCAUCGAAACUCUGAAACUUGUGUGUUCUGUGAGCAAUGGCGAUGCUGCUAGUGCUACCUCACAGGCACACCCUCACUCUUCUUCUUCUUCUUCUUCUUCUUCUUCUAUUCCUUCCACACACAACACUAUCAGUAUCAGUAUCAGUAUCAGAUCUGGAUUCCGAGCGAGCCGCAUUGCUCGCCCUCCGUUCCACCGUCGGCGGUCGAACCCUUUUCUGGAACGCCACCAACACCAGCCCCUGCGAUUGGGCCGGCGUCCAAUGCCACCAUGACCACGUCGUCGAGCUUCACCUCCCCGCCGUCGCUCUCUCCGGCCAACUACCCCUCGGAAUAUUUGGUAAUCUCACCCACCUCCGCACCCUCAGCCUCCGUUUCAACGCCCUCACCGGCACCCUCCCUUCAGAUCUCGCCUCCUGCCUUGACCUCCGCAACCUUUACUUGCAGGGCAACUUGUUCUCCGGCCAAAUCCCACCCUUCCUCUUCCGCUUGCCCGAACUCGUCCGCCUCAAUAUGGCCUCCAACAACUUCUCCGGCGACUUCCCCGCCGCCUUUGACACCCUCGUCAAGCUCAAAACCCUCUUCCUCGAUAACAACCAGCUUUCUGGUCCUAUCCCGGAGUUGAACCACCUUGAUCUGGACCAGUUCAAUGUCUCCAACAACCUCCUUAACGGCUCUGUCCCCCUCAAGCUCCAGAGAUUCACUUCAGAUUCCUUUCUCGGAAAUUCACUCUGUGGCAAACCCCUUUCUCUCUGCCCUGGAACCGACAAUGCCGCCACCGGAGGAAACAAGUUGUCCGGCGGUGCCAUUGCCGGGAUCGUUAUUGGAUCCGUUGUGGGUCUUCUGUUGCUUGCUUUCCUUUUGAUGUUUCUGUGCAGGAACAAGAGCAGCAACAAGACCAGCACCGUUGAUGUGGCCACCGUCAAGCAUCCUGAAUCCGAAGUUCCUGCUGAGAAGUCGCUUCACGAUGUGGAGAACGGCAUUGGUAAUGGUAAUGGUAAUGGUAAUGGCAAUGGGUACUCAGCUGCGGCGGCCACCAUCAACAAGGUGGAAGCCAAUGGUGUUGGGGCUAAGAAGCUGGUGUUUUUUGGCAAUUCAGCUAGGGGGUUUGAUCUGGAGGAUUUGCUGAGAGCUUCGGCUGAGGUGUUGGGGAAAGGGACUUUCGGGACGGCAUACAAGGCAGUUCUGGAGACUGGACUGGUGGUUGCUGUGAAAAGGUUGAAGGAUGUGACAAUUUCUGAGAAGGAGUUCAAGGACAAGAUUGAAACCGUGGGGGCGAUGGAUCAUCAGAGUUUGGUCCCUCUCAGGGCUUACUAUUUCAGCAGGGAUGAAAAGCUGCUUGUUUAUGAUUACAUGCCAAUGGGGAGCUUAUCUGCGCUUUUGCAUGGAAACAAAGGGGCGGGUAGGACACCACUGAAUUGGGAAAUCAGAUCAGGGAUUGCACUUGGAGCUGCUCGUGGCAUUGAGUACUUGCAUUCACAAGGGCCUAAUGUUUCCCAUGGGAAUAUAAAGGCAUCUAAUAUCCUCCUAACCAAAUCAUAUGAGGCCAAAGUAUCUGAUUUUGGCCUUGCACACCUUGUUGGCCCCUCAUCUACCCCCAACCGUGUUGCUGGCUACCGUGCGCCUGAGGUAACUGAUCCCCGCAAAGUAUCUCAAAAGGCAGAUGUGUACAGCUUUGGCGUGUUACUCUUGGAACUUCUAACUGGGAAAGCACCUACCCAUGCUCUCCUAAAUGAGGAAGGAGUAGACCUCCCAAGAUGGGUUCAAUCCGUGGUUAGGGAAGAGUGGACUUCUGAGGUCUUUGAUCUUGAGCUCCUUAGGUAUCAGAAUGUUGAAGAGGAGAUGGUUCAGUUGUUGCAACUUGCUGUUGAUUGUGCUGCCCCAUACCCUGAUAGGCGUCCUUCAAUCGCUGAAGUAACUAGGAGCAUAGAAGAGUUAUGUCGGUCGAACUUGAAAGAGGACCAAGAUCAAAUCCAACAUGAUCAGAUCAAUGAUAUAAAAUUGUGAUUGAUUGUCUAUCUUCUCCAUGAGUUGCCACCAUGUUACUUGGUGGACUCUGCUUCAUCAGAGUCACUGCCUAUAUUUACUUUCUAAAUGAUGAUGUACGUAUGUUUGUAUUCUGUAUCCUGGGCCUCAAAUUUCUUUGUUGAAUUUCCUCCUUUUCUCCUUGAAUCUCCAUUUCCCUUCCCAUUGUUUCAUUAGUUCUAUUGUUGUUGGAUUCUAGUUGAUGUAAUUAUUACUUUUGCUUUUAACAUGUCUUUGGCUUUGGCUUUUGCUUUUGCGGAAGACUUUUGCCUGCUGUAAACUUGUGAUUGAGAUUUAUAGUCGUUGUCAUUGGUUGGUUGCUAAA